AUGGCGCUGACCGCUCCGCUGCAGGUGACGGUGCGCGGCGCCGGCGCGUCGCUCGCGGCCGAUGCACGGAUCCUCGUGCACGGCGAUACGCUCAAGAAGCUCAAGAUUUCGACAGGGGCGCAUGUCGUGGUGCGCAAAGACACCGCGCUGUUUGCAGGGACAGCGUGGCCGGCGUUUGACCUCGCGCCGCAUACCGUGUCGCUGCCGGCAAUGCUCGCGGUGCCCGCGGGCCUUGCUGAUGGCGACAAGGUCGACGUGGACCGUGUUGCGACGGCCAAGCACGACGGGCUUGUUGCGCAGCGCCUGCGCGCGUCGAUCACCGAGGUGAAGGACGACCUCCUCCAGACGCUUCUUCGCACGGUGCUCCUGCACACCAUCGUGGACAUUGGCAUUGUGCAGCUCGGGUCCGAGCUCGAGUUUGCUUUCCAAGGGCGCACGUACCGCGCGACAUUCACCGACGCGGACGUCGACGAAAAGGAGCACGCCGAAAAAGGGACCUUGGUCCUCGUCACGCGCCAGACGCAGCUCACGCUCACCGAGGCGCAGGACGCGCCGGCCGAGGCGCUGGUCGACGCGGCGGCGUAUGAGGCACUCGGUGGGCUCGACACACAAAUCGCGGCGAUCCGCACGCUCGUCGAGCUUCCCCUGACGCGCCCGGCGCUCUUUGAACAGUACGGUCUGCAGCCGCCCCGUGGCGUGCUCCUCUACGGCCCGCCGGGCACCGGCAAGACCUCGCUCGCACGAACCGUCGCGGCGUCGCUCCAGGCACACGUGCUGACCAUCAACGGCCCCGAGCUCAGCUCGACAUACCACGGCGAGACCGAGUCGAAGCUGCGUGCCGUUUUCGAAGCUGCACAGUCGCACGAGCGCAGCGUCAUUAUCAUGGACGAGAUCGACGCACUUGCGCCGCGCCGCGAUGCCAGCGCGUCCGUGCAAGGCGAAGGGGCCGGUGAAGUCGAGCGCCGCGUCGUCGCGACGCUCCUUACGCUCCUCGACGGCGUGCAGACGUCGACGGGGCGCGUGGUCGUCAUUGCCGCGACGAACCGCCCCAACGCACUCGAUCCUGCGCUGCGCCGGCCGGGCCGCCUGGACCGCGAGAUUGAGAUCGGCGUGCCGGACCGGCCAGCGCGCUGUGCAAUCCUCGGCGUGCUCCUGCGCAGGGUCCCCCACGCGCUGAGCGACGACGAUCUCGACCUCGUUGCCGGCCGCACGCACGGAUACGUCGGCGCCGACCUCUCGGCGCUCGUGCGUGAGGCAGGCAUGGCGGCGAUCGCACGCAGCGUGUCGCUCGAUGGAAGCAUUGCGCACCUCUCGCUCGGUGACGCGACGCCAGAGAAAGUGACGCUCGCCGACUUUGGGCACGCACAGAUGAUUGUGCGCCCGUCGGCGAUGCGCGAGGUGUUUGUCGAGACGCCCAAGGUCGCCUGGUCGGACAUUGCGGACAAUGGAGACCAGGUCGGCCCGAGCGGCGAGCGCCUGCCGAGCGUCCAGCGCCAGAUCCGCGAGUGCGUCGAAUGGCCUCUGACGCACGCACAUACCUUUAAGCGCCUAGGCAUCCACGCGCCAAAGGGCGCGCUCUUGUACGGCCCGCCGGGCUGCAGCAAGACCAUGACCGCCAAGGCGCUCGCGAAAGAGAGCGGCCUCAACUUUCUUGCGAUCCGCGGCCCCGAGCUCGUGAGUAAGUACGUGGGCGAGUCGGAGCGCGCGAUCCGCGAAAUGUUCCGCCGCGCGCGCGCCGCUGCGCCGUCCAUUUUGUUCUUUGACGAGCUCGACGCGAUCUCGGGUGUGCGCAGCAUGGAGUCGAAUAACGCGUCGAACGACCGCAUUGUCGCGAGUCUCCUUACCGAGAUGGACGGCAUCGAUACCGAGAACCACGUCGUGGUGGUCGCCGCGACGAACCGGCCGGACUGCAUCGACCCUGCGCUGCUGCGCCCCGGGCGCCUGGACCGCCUGGUGUACGUCGGCCCGCCGAAUGCCGACGCACGCCGCAAGAUCCUCGAGAUGCGCGCGGCCAAGAUGUCGGUCGCGGCCGACGUCGACUUUGGCGCGGUCGCCGAGCGCGCCGAGGGAUGUUCGGGCGCGGAGGUCGUCUCGAUCUGCCAGGAAGCCGGCAUCCUUGCUAUGAACGAAGAUAUGGACUGCAAAGAGAUCGCCGCCCGGCACUGGGACGCCGCCGCGCGCGCCAUGAAGCGCCGCAUCACCCCCGCGAUGCUCGGCCACUAUGCCGCGUGGCGCCAGUCGCUUUCGUAG